CCAGUUACCAGUACAAUAUGUUUUACGCACAAAAACACAUGCAAAAACGAACGUGCGUGAUCGGAAACGGACUGGAAAAACUUGCACUUAGCAGUUUUCCUACUGUCUUUUUCCUUCACAGAAAUAAUAUUACUGCAUCAUGAAUGACGAGGCAGAGACGUACAAACUUUGGCGAAUCAGAAAAACCUUGAUGCAGCUGUGUCACGAUCGAGGCUACCUAGUAACGCAGGAUGAGUUGGAUCAAACACUGGACCAGUUUAAGGAACAAUUUGGAGAUAAACCAAGCGAGGACAGACCGGGAAGGAAGGACCUGACGAUCCUCGUGGCUCACAACGAUGAUCCAACAGACCAGCUCUUUGUCUUCUACCCCGAGGAGCCCAAAGUGGGCAUCAAGACCAUUAAGGCAUACUGCCAGAGGAUGCAAGAGGAGAACAUCAGUCGGGCCAUCAUCAUCGUCCAAAUGGGAAUGACGCCCUCAGCCAAACAGUCUCUGAGCGACAUGGCCCAGUGCAAGUACGUCCUGGAGCAGUUCCUAGAAGCUGAACUGCUGAUCAACAUCACCGAACAUGAGUUUGUUCCAGAACAUGUUGUCAUGACAGCCGAGGACAAAGCAGAGCUACUAGCAAGAUACAAACUGAAAGAGCACCAGUUACCCAGAAUUCAACAGGGGGACCCCGUAGCCAGAUAUUUUGGACUCAAACGUGGACAGGUUGUGAAGAUCAUCAGGCCUAGCGAGACGGCAGGAAGAUAUAUCUCCUACCGCCUCGUCCAAUGAGAACUACGGAGGAGCUACAUCUUAAUCCUCAUAAGUACAGCCUAACCUGUGUAAACUGGCCACUCCGAAGACUGGGAAAGAGUGGCCAGUAUAGGCAGGUUGCAAAACAGGGCAUACUGAUAUCAAGUUGUUGGUCAAUU